AUGUCUGGACCUAAUCCGAUAUCAGAAGUGGGAUACGAUUGUCCGCCCACCUUUGGCACUUCGUCAGCACAAAAUAUGCAGGAGAAUAUUUCGCUACCCUCGCAUGGUUUAGAAACGAUUCUCUCAAAAUUAACUGAUGCCCUGCUACCCCGGUCCAAUGCACCGUCACACCCUUUCACAGUUUUGGUACCACUUGAUCCCGACGACCUAAAUUCAGAUAUAGAGGGCUGGUGCAGAUUGACAGACGCCAUAAUUAAGGGCAAAAAUCUUAAAGGUCUGGAUCUGAAGGCGCAGCUACAUUGCUACCAAAAUACCUCCCAGUCAAUAUCAAUGGGAAGAUAUUCAAGAGACUUUGAAAGCUCAGUUCUCUCGUCCUAUGCUUAUUCAGGAUCACUUUGA